UGAGGGUGACAGGUUUAGCACAAGCUAAUCUUCCACUUGGCCCUCAACAAUACAUUGAAAUACUGGAAAAGAAAAUACAUAUAUACUAAGUACUAUACUAUUAUAAUAAUGCAUACAUACAUAUUGACUAGAGAAAUCUUACAUUUAACAGACAUCUGUUAGUUGUGUAAUAUUGACACUAGGUCCGCAAUUAAUACCCCAGUUAUCCACUUAUCACUUCAGGUAGCCGUAUGCAUAACAUCUGGAGUUUGCGUAUGCUUAGGGGUGAGAUCUCUAGAGGUGGAACAGUCUCUAUUUGGGGGGGGGGGGGGGGACCACAGCCAGAUUUUUAUCUUUAUAUAGAGUAGGAAAACCCCCAACUCACCCCUCCAAAAAAGACAACAAAAAAACCACCACCCUCAUUUUAGUCCACAAAUGGGGGGGGGGGGGGGCGUACAGUACCCCCGCCCCUUCCCCCUUCCUACGGGCCAGCUGAUCCUUGAUUCACAAUCGUCUUGAAUUCACAAAAUUCUUGCGAUUGAACCGUUUGCCGGGGUCAAUCUGCGUAUAGGAACUAUCUCCUGAUAGCAGCCCGCUGUCUCCUCUAGUUUAUCACUUUCCUCUCUCUCUCUCUCUCUCUUUUCUCGUCUCUUCUCUUCUCUUCUCUUCUCUCACAGCGCAAACUGGAAUCUCUGCGGCGGCGGCAGCGGUCACGAUGCAUGCGUUAUUAUUCUUUGUAAACGAUAGUGUUCGCCUGGCGGUAGUAAGGUGAAACCCACAGCUUUUCUACUGCUGGCUGCCCCCGUGACGUCACGCUCUAUUUUCGGCACGCCGAAGUAUUAACCGAGGGAUGGGACUGGAGCACUGCGGCGUCCCGACUCACUCCGAUCUAGAACCCGAAGUCGUGAGUGUGUGUGAGCCUCGCCGAAAAACACACUCACAUACUACAAACACACACAAAGGAAAAAGUACCGAACUGCAAACUAUGGAUUUUAAACCACUCCACGCACACUGGUCAUGCUUGUCGACAGAUCUGUUGUUAUUAUUAUUAUUAUUAUAAACCGGAAAGUUUUAAUUCUUCUUCGUCUUCUUCUUCGUGCCAAUGUUGUAAUUCGUGGUGCCGUCAGCGACGAUGUCAACAAUGGAACGCACCCCGAUGUUGCGGGGCCCGGAGAGGCCGCGGUUACGACGUCUACUGAGUCGCUACCACUUCGACAACGACGAGUUGGAGAACUUGUACAAGAGGUACGUCUACAAACUGCAGCAGUCGUCCAUCGGAUACAUGCUUGCUCUGUUCAUAGUCCUCACCCUGUGCCUGGCGGUCCUGAACUUCGUCUAUGCAGCCAAUGUGACGGUGCUGGGGCUGUACCUGGGGGUGCAGUUCCUGGCGUUCGUGGGGGUGUUCGCGUACAUCAACACCCACCUGAUGCAGGAGAACCAUUUUUCUAUCGUCUGCUACAUCCUUCUCGUCUUUCUCAUCUGUUUUGCCGUGUUUGCCUUGCCCCUAGAUUUUGGGCUGGAUCUACCCGGGCGCCCCGCCAAGGUGCCGAACCCCGCCGAUGGGGUGUGGGAGGUGGUGUUUGUGAUUUUCAUGGUGUAUGCGUUGAUGCCGCUAAGGACGUACAUCGCCACUGUCCUGGGAAUACUCCUACCUGUUGUUCACGUCAUUGUUUCCGCAUUGCUUGCCAACAAUUUCCCUGCGUUACUAUGGAGACAGCUGGUGGCCAAUGGAAUCCUGUUUCUGUGUGUGAACAUCGCGGGCGUGUUCAUCCACAACCUCACUCAGCGGUCCCAGAGGAAAACAUUCAUUGACACACGCAACUGUAUAGCCGCCAGACUCGAAAUACAAGACGAGAAUGAGAAACUCGAAAAACUUCUACUUAGUGUCUUGCCUCAGCACGUUGCUAUGGAAAUGAAGCAGGACAUAGUGAAUCCCCACCAUGGGCUUUUUCACAAGAUCUAUAUACAGCGUCAUGACAACGUCACAAUUUUGUUUGCCGACAUUGUUGGUUUCACGAACCUCGCGUCCCAGUGCACGGCUCAGGAGCUGGUUCGAAUCCUCAACGAGCUGUUUGGACGUUUUGACCACCUGGCAAAGAACAACCACUGCAUGCGCAUCAAGAUCCUGGGUGACUGCUACUACUGUGUGAGCGGCCUGCCCGAGGUCCGACUCGACCACGCCCACUGCUGUGUAGAGAUGGGACUCGACAUGAUAGACGCCAUAGCCAUGGUGUGCGAGUCGACGGACGUACACCUCAACAUGCGGGUGGGUCUACACACGGGCCGAGUCCUGUGUGGGGUGCUGGGACUCAAGAAGUGGCAGUAUGACGUUUGGAGCAAUGACGUCACUCUCGCAAACAAGAUGGAGGCUGGAGGAAUUCCAGGGCGUGUACACAUCACCAAGGCCACGUUGGAACACCUACACGGCGAGUACGAGGUGGAGCCAGGCAAUGGGCGCGAUCGAAACUCCACGCUCCGAGAACAGCAGAUCGAAACGUUUCUCAUCAAACCGAAACGUCAGAAGAAGCAGUCUGGCAGCAUGAACCUGACCCGGGACUGGUCGAACCUGCGACCGAAGAAGAUGUCGUUCAAGAACGUGUCCAACUGUGUGAUCCGCCUCAUGCAGUCCGUCAAGUUCAGCGCCGAGAUCCCCUUCCAGAACGUGCUCACCCCCACCCAGGACCAACAGCAGCCCCACCACAAGUUUGUACGUGUCAGCCAGGUCUCUAUGCGCUUUGUGGCAUCGGUUAGCGACAAGCUGAGGAAACCCUUCAAAGAACGACACUCACAACAGCAGGAGCCGACGGACCGCGUGAACAAAUAUCUGGCCCAGGCGAUCGCGGCCCACAGCGUGGAGAGAGAGAAAACCAACCACGUCAACUUCAUCACCAUGCGCUUCAGGAGCUCCGAGACAGAAAGGAAGUACCAAAAUAUGACUGACUUCGCCUUCAGCGGUAGCAUGAUCUGUGCAUUAAUUAUGCUAAUAUGCGUGGCUGGACUACAGGCUGUUAUAUUGCCCAGAACGCUGUUACUACUGAUGUUGUUUCUUGCCGCUUUCACCUGGAUAUCAAUUGUAUUGAUGUUAUUACUUAGUGUUCAGAUCAAGUGUACUCAGUUUGACAUCCGCAAGUCGUCCUGUCUGAGACUGUUUGUGAUGAUCACUACGCUCUUCCUCAUCUACGCCACAGCGCAGGUCAAUGUGUAUUGCUGUAAAGGCGGCAACAUCUUCUCGUUCAUCACGAAUAUGACGCUGACGUCACUGAACCGUGACGAGCACCUGACGUGCGAGCUGCCCCAGUACAUCUACAUGAGCGGCAUCAUGGCCUACAUCUGUGUGUCCGUCUUCCUCAAGCUGUCGGCGGGAAUCAGGCUGCUGCUAACCCUCACCAUGGCAACGUUCUACAUCGUGCUCAUGGAGGUCACACACACUACGGUCUUCAGUCGCUUUGACGACAUUGUCCACCCUGUGAUCCCGACGCACGUGGUCGGUAUUGUAGUUCUGCUGAUGUUCAUGGCCACCCUGUAUGUCCAGGGUAGACAGCAGGAAUGGACACACAGGCUGGACUUCCUCUGGAAGACCCAGGCUACCGAAGAAAAGAUUGAAAUGACAGAACUACAGACAAGCAACCGCCAGAUUCUAUGCAACCUACUCCCUAUGCACGUGGCUGCACAUUUCAUGGACACAGGUUCAAGAAGUUACAUGGAACUGUACAGCCAGCAGUAUCACCGAGUUGGAGUUUUCUUUGUCUCCGUUCCAAACUUCUCCGAGUUCUACAUGGAGCUGGACGCCAAUAACCAGGGAAUCGAGUGUCUCCGAGUCCUCAAUGAAAUUAUCGCAGAUUUCGACGAGCUACUGAACGAGCCUCGGUUUCGAGCAGUGGAUAAAAUCAAGACAAUUGGCAGCACAUACAUGGGGGCUGUCGGUUUGAUACCAGACUAUCUUAUUAAGGAUUCUGAAUCCUCCGUGAGUCACUACCUGACGGUGCUAGUGGAAUACGUCUACGGAAUGAAGGACAAACUGAGGAACAUCAACGAGAACUCCUACAAUAAUUUCUUUUUACGCGUCGGUCUAAACAUUGGACCCGUGGUGGCGGGGGUGAUUGGGGCCAGGAAACCUCAGUACGACAUCUGGGGAAACACGGUGAACGUGGCUAGUCGCAUGGAAACCACCGGAAAACCAGACCACAUUCAGACCACUGAAGACAUCUAUACAGCUCUAAAAGACGUCUAUGAAUUCCGAUGUCGUGGUAAAAUAUGUGUAAAAGGAAAGGGAGAAAUGACGACGUACUUUCUUAUAGCUCGUAAAGCUGGCGGAGUGUUUCCUGAUCACCCGUCACCAAUGACUCCAGAAAGUCCAAUGGUGGGACGACCACCUUCGCGAGAAUCUCAUGGCAGUGGAAAUAAUCUCCGGCAAGGAUCUCUGGGAUCCCAAGGAAUGCCACCACAAGGGUACGGAGCCAUUACCCUGGAACGACAGCCAAGUGCCGACUCUCAAAGACCUAAUCUUUCAACACCCACUGGGAGUUUAAGUAAAAACUGUAAGAGGAAAAGUACUAGUGACAGUCCGAGGAAUCCCCUGAGGAAGUUGAGUAAUUCGUCAGUAACUAACUGUUUGUCUGGCGAUAUGAACUACAACAGGGUAGAUUCCCCAGAGUUACCAGCCAUUCACUACAUGAAUAUCAAGUCUCAAGGUUCUCUGGAGCACAACAAGUCGGUUCACAAUCAAAUGUUUGACAAGCUCAAAGAGAAUAACAAUACGCCUUCACCUUGUGCCAGUCCUUCGGGAUCUUCUGUUACAACCAGUCCUGCUGUCGCGAGAAACAGGAUCCAACAGAGCGAUCAGAUUCCAAGAGCUUCGUCUUUUGAAGGGAAGAGCAAUAAAUACCAGAACGCUCAACGAACGUCGUCUUACGAAUGCAAACAAAAACAGCAGCAGCAAAUGCAAAGGUCGUCGUCCCUGGAGACAUCCAGUAAACCCCCGUUUGCGUCUUCACCUCUGUUUUAUGCUAGGCCAACCCCACUGGUUCUGGCUGGUGUUUCGCACCCUCUGAGACAGUCGAUAAAGACGUCUCCCAAACAAGAAGCCAUACCGGAGCACCCAAGUCUUUCAGAUAACCCGGAUAGCUAUGACGACGAGAAACAGCCGACACCGCCUAAAGACCUGUUUGCAAUGAAUAACAUCAUAAGAGAGUUGGGUCAGGUGGUGAAUCCAUCACACCCCAACAAACCUUUCCUGCGGCACGUGAAGCGUUAUUCUCCAACAAACAAUCUUUCCCCGGUGAACGGCGCCUCACAGCAAGACGAACAGCUCGUGAGGGCAGUGUACCGCGAGCCCAUCGACCGGUCCCACUCUGGUACACCUCAACAAAACAGCAGCAUGCCCAGCGACAAGGUCUCAACGAAGAUGAAUGGUCUAAAAGGCUCGCCACCGAAACCGCCUCCAAAACCAGAUAUUCGAAGAUCUUCAUCUGGAUCAAAGGAGAGUAAUUCAUCUGGUUCCACGAUGACUCCUACCUCAGCCCUGGUCGCCAGUAUAGACGGGAAGACCAUGUCUCUGCUCCCAGACAGCUCAUCUCUUGCACUGAGACGAGUGUCAUCUGGCGGGGAGCAGCAGAAACCUCAUCGCGAAGACCAGUGUGUUGGUAAUGGGUACUGUUCAGAUGAGAAAAACGGCAACUCGCAUUGUUCAGACGUGCAGUCUCCAACUCCCAGCAGAUCUAAAAACCCGAUGUUUCAGAAUCUCCUUUCCUCGGAUGAGGAUCGCGAGUCUGUUGUGUCUAGAGCGCUGAGUGAACAUUCUUCUAUUGUCCUUUUGCAGCCGAUUGAACUUAAACCAUCGAGGCCCGCUUAUAUCAGACAGAUAUCGUGUCCCGAUGGUAGACAUUUUGACAUCAAUUACCUGCACACUCCUUACCACAGCCUCGACCGAUACCUGUCGAGGUCUAGUGACACUAUCAACAGUAUUCCACACUGUCCGCCAACUCCUAAAUUCCCCGUUUCUUCUACGUCUUCGUCGUUAACACAGCUGCUACAGGAGCUGACCGGGGAACCCUCGACUCCACCAGACAUGUCUUCAUCGCCAAAGAUUUCUCGACUGUACAACCCAAAACUACGGAAAAACAAAGGCUGGCUGGAACAUAUGUCCCGGACAAACGGGAACGUCAGUGUUAAAAGCCCAGGCAAAGAGAGACCAGAGUCUUCCCAGUGUAGUGAAACGAACUGUGACGUCGCCAAAUCGGGCGUCAAUUCAAAUCGCCACUCGAUAAACCCUUACCAGGUGAAGCGGAGACAGGCAUUCACGAUACCACCGCGGCACUGUCGUAGUUUGGACUACAUUCCCAGCGAUAGAGAGGACUGCCUGUCGUCGGCCGCGUCUUCCGCGUGUGGCAGUCCUCGCAUGAAACAUUCGUACCUGAUUCCGCUGAUUUUCGGCAAACACCACCAGGCCGUGGUGGACAGCAUCAGCAUGUCGUCCGUGGCCAGCAGCAGUGAGAUGUCCAAGAGUGACCCGGCCGUCAACUGCGACUCCGGGUCGACGGCCUACGAAUCCGAGUACGACAACUACCGCCCUGGCAUGACCAGCGACGAGGACUACUUCCUACCCGACACCGUCAGCGACGUCGACAUAGACAUGUUCGACGACAUCAACGUCGACAACGUAACUGUCAGUGACUCAUAUAGCCUAGAGAUGCCUCUAGCACACUUUCAUAAGAAAAUCACAGAUGUUUGACCUCAGUGUCUCGCAUAGUCUAGAGAUGUCUCUAAGACACUUUAAUAAGAAAAUCACAGAUGUUUCACCUCAGUGACUCUUAUUGUAUUCUAGAGAUGCCUCUAGCAUACUUUCAUAAGAAAAUCACAGAUGUUUGACCUUCCUGCUAGCGUGCCAUGAUGUCAGUGAAUUUAAAAACCAUGGAUAGAAAUUUUGAAAAUGAUAAUUAUAAUGAAAAACGAUAUGAAUAUUUCAUUGAAACAUAAAUUAUGCAAUUUGUGUAUAGAAAUCCAGCCUGUGUUAUUUAUACUUUGACAUUACGUUGAAUGAACUGUUCGCAGUAAUCUGUUCUGAAUAAACAAUAAUUAUUA